AAUGCGUCUGUUCAUGUCACAUGUCACUUGGAAGAUGGAUGAAGUUCUCAUCAUUGCUUUGGUGGAUCCUUUGUCGUCCGAUGGCGGCUGAAGAAUGCGCGCUCAAGGACGAUGACGCUGGUCUGGUGCAGAUCUCCGCUGUGACCAAACUUGUCACAGAGGGCGUGACAGAACCAGAGGAACUGAGCAGCGUGGACGUGGAGUUCUCCUUGGUCGAUGCUGAUGGGGUACACCUCUUCGACUCCCAUCCAUCGCUGCUGCAGAAGCGAGGUCAGAGCCACUUGGGCGAUGCCCGGAGCAGCUCUCUGCGUUUGACCUUCGAGGCCCAUGGGCACCGGGUGGAUCUCACGUUCCAGAAGCAGCGCGCGCCAAUUUCGCGCAAUGCCACCUUGACCCUUGGCACUGCCAGUGGCAUGCAGCAGUUUCAUAUGCGAGAUCGGCACGUCUAUGUCCAUCCUCAAGCUGUUCUCACUUCGGUGGCUAGCACGGUGACGGGUGUGCUACGAAAUGGAGAGGUUUUCCUGGACUUUGAACUCCAGAAGGGCCAUCGCCUCCUAACGGUCCGGCUAGCGCAGAAGGACUUACAGGCAGGCAUUCCACAGACGAUUCGUAAGCCGCUGACUCUACCUGAGAGGUGGACAGACUGCUACGAAGACGACACUGAAACCCAUGCCCUGGGCAUGGGCAUCGCAGUGGGUUCCAAGCUCUUCUCUCGCUUCAGCGACAAGGAUGAAGCCAUAGACUAUGUGGUUCAGAUCGUCGCCUCCUCCAAUUUGGUCUACAGACCUCAGUUGAACUUUGUCUUGGUGGUGAGGAAGCUGCACUUGCAGGAAAGUCAUUGGCAAGCACCAAAAUGGGAUCAAGGUCCCAAUUGUCCCAUGCAAAUGGCCGAGCAGCUGCACGCCUUUGACAAAUGGGAUCCGCCGGGGUCCGACAGAUUGGAGACAGAGGGCCAAGGUUUAUGGACUUUGCUGGACGACUGUUACGUCUCGGGUACCAUUGGCUUGGCUUACGUGGGCACCCUGUGCCAAAUGGAGAAGAACUAUUGGGGUCAGCGCUCGAACACCGGGGUGGUGUGGCACAGUUUCCGCACGUGGAUCACCUUCGCACACGAGGUAGGCCACAACUUCGGAGGCGAGCACUCCUUCGAGUUGGGAAAGGGGAGGACUGGGGGUAUCAUGGACUAUGGCGACGGUACCCUGAACGGUGCCUUCCAGUUCAACAGCCAUUUCCGUAAGUUUCAGAUGUGCCACACCAUGAACCAGGCGUUGAAACGGUGCCGCUCUGCCAUUUGGCUCCACGACGGCGAGUGUGGCAAUGGCGUUUUGACCGACGCGGAGGAGUGUGAAUGCAAGAAUGGGAGCAAGAGCUGCGCCUUUUGCCACGACUGCACGCUGGAAAAAGGAAAGAGUUGCACACCCCAUGGCUAUGGAGUGCACCCGAUCGGUCUGGGUGUGGGCACGGCGGAUUGCUGCAGCAGCAAUGGCACCUUUGCUCGCUCUGGCGCCGUUUGCCAUGUACCCGGCGUAGGUCCGGGUUACUGCACCGCGGGGCUCUGCAUUCCUUCGAGGUGUUCAGAUGCGGAGUUUACCUUUGUGGGUGACUAUUGUGGUUUACAGCCACAGAACGAGUGCAAGUUUAUGUGUUUCGAUCGAAAUGGCGCUUGCUCCAACAUGGACGGAUGGCUUUUGAACAAGCAGCCAGCCAACUACGUCCGGAACCAGGUGCCAUGCAAUUGGAAGAAACCCGGUGACGGUGUUUGCAUUGACGGCUCCUGCAUUCCUGCCUUUGCAGGUUGUGGCAACAACUUUUUGGAGGAGGACGAGGAAUGUGAGUGCAAAGAUGGUUCAGUGAGCUGCAAGUUCUGUAGCCACUGCAAGUUGGACAAGGGGAGGAAAUGCAGCCCAGACAGCGAUGAUGGCAUGUGCUGCGACGCUGCCGGAAACUUCAAGUCGGGUCUUUGCCAGAAAGGCAAUUUCAAGGGCUACUGCAUGCAGGGGCUCUGCCACGACACUCCAUGCUCCGGUUACAAGAAGAGCUUCGACGGAUGGGGGGAGUUCUGUGGCGUGCACAACCGCAACCCUUGCAAGUUCAAAUGCGAGGUGAAUGGCAAGUGCCAGAACCUUCGUGCAUGGGUCAUCGGUGGUCAGCCGAUGAACCACUUCGCCGACGGGACCCAUUGCCAGAUGGCGGGACGAGAAGGCACUUGCCAGAAAGGCUUUUGCGAUACUCGUGCAAAGAAGGAGGUGCAUCCCCGAGGAAAGUCCGUGGAAGUUGUAAGUUUCCAUCCACAUGGCCAUGCGUUGUCCAACCGCAGAGUGCCAGAUCCAGGAGCCAAGAAGGAGACAAGCCGAGGAGUUUGCGCGCCCUGCUUGAAUGGCGCAAAUUGCAACCUCAUCCGUGCUCGAUCCAAUUUCACCAGAUCCUGCAAGGGCAUCGAGCUGGAGUAUGACUGCGAUUGUUCAGGCUGCAGUUCGUGCACCAAAGCCAUUCAACCGGAAGAGAAGUAUGACGGAUGUCCCAAAACCUGUGGUGGUUGGGGCUGGUGGAAGAAAAGUUGCGAUGUGUACAUUUGGAAUUCAAUAAAUAAAGGCAAAUCCAAAUGGACCUGCGAUAACUUGCAGAACCAACACAACUGCAAUUGUAGGGGCUGCCUACUUUGCGAGCACGACUUUGACGAUAAGGAGGCCAUCAAGUGAGAGUGGCGUGGCCGCGGCCGGCUGCGAUGCAUAGCACGGGUUGCAGUGCCGAAGUGUACUAUAAUUUGAGGACUCAAACCAGGAUCUUAAGUUUAUCAUUGCUAGAAUGAUUGAAG